GGCUUAUUUUUUCUGCCUGACGUGAAAUUGAUUUGAUGGUUGACGAAUUUUCAUCUUGGUGCUUGGAACAAAUCUUCUAUCAAAUGGUUUCGUUGACUUGAAUAAAAAGAAAAGCCAAAUAUCAAAGCUCAUAGUGUUCAUUAUGAUUUUUAUUUUCCAUUCCCCUCUUUGUUUUUUCGUUUUUGGGCUUCGUCACUAGCCAAUUUAGUUGUUUUCUUUCACUUUCUAUAUCAUUUUCCACCGUCUGUUCAAGUUCGCCUUUGUUUUGGUCUUUUUAAUGGUUCAAAGUACCCAUAGAAUGUGCAUUUGUCCUGCUCUUGCUUUCAUUUUCCAAUUUUUUAUUCGUCUAAAAUAACACCAGAAAAUUAUUAUUAUUAAUAUUAUUAUUGCAAAUAAAUAAUAUUAAACCGUAAUUGAAGGGUGCAGUUUGGCUUUUUCAGAACUGUUUCUUUAUCUGCAGCUGAAGAACCGUGAAGAUGUUGGAGAAAGUGGAAGAAUUUAACAUGGACAAAGUAAUAGAGAAAUUUGAGAGGAUUACAAAGGAUGCUGAGAGGAUUCAGAGGGAAACACUGAGAAGGAUUUUGGAAGAUAACGCAUCAUGUGAGUACUUGCAGAAUUUGGGACUUAAUGGGAGGACAGACCCUGAGAGUUUCAAGGAUUGUGUUCCACUUGUCUCACACAUAGAAUUGGAACCUUAUAUCAACAGAAUACUUGAUGGUGAUGAUUCUCCUAUUCUCACUUCCAAACCCAUCACAGCCAUGUCUCUGAGUUCUGGCACUACUCAAGGAAAGCCAAAAUACGUACCGUGGAAUGAUGAGUUGUUUGAAACCACUGUGCAGAUAUAUCACACCUCUUUUGCCUUUAGGAACAGAGAAUUUCCUACAAAGAAUGGCAAGGCUUUGAGCUUUAAUUACAGCAGCAAGCAGUUCAAAACCAAAGGGGGUGUGUUAGCAGGAACUGCCACAACCAAUGUGUUUAGCAACCCCGGGUUCAAUCAUACAAUGAAGGCAAUUCAGUCUCCAUGUUGUAGCCCUGAUGAAGUAAUAUUUGGCUAUGAUUUUCACCAAUCAUUGUAUUGCCAUCUCUUGUGUGGUCUAAUCUUUAGAGAAGAAGUUCAGUUGGUGUCUUCUACUUUUGCACAUAGCAUUGUGUAUGCUUUCAGAUACUUUGAGCAAGCUUGGGAAGAGCUUUGUGGUGAUAUAAGAGAAGGGGUCAUUAAUAGCAUGAUCACAGUUCCAUCAAUGAGAACAGCUAUGUCUAAAUUGCUGAAACCUGAUCCUGAAUUGGCCAACUUGAUCCAAAACAAGUGCAUGGGACUGAGCAAUUGGUAUGGAGUGAUACCAGCGCUUUUUCCUAAUGUUAAGUAUGUUUAUGGCAUCAUGACUGGGUCAAUGGUGUCUUAUUUGAAAAAGUUAAGGCAUUAUGCAGGAGAGUUGCCUUUGUUGACUUCUGACUAUGGAGCUUCUGAAGGGUGGAUUGCAACAAAUGUGAAUCCAACAUUGCCCCCUGAAUUGGCCACAUACACUGUGCUACCUCAAAUUGGUUAUUUUGAAUUCAUCCCUCUCAUAGACUUUGAGGGAGCUAAGGUAGAUCCUUCUUUUCUCUGUAUGGAUCCGGAGCCUGUGGGCCUCACUGAAGUUAAGGUUGGUGAGGAGUAUGAGAUUCUCAUCACCAAUCCAGCAGGCUUGUACCGGUACAAGCUAGGGGAUGUGAUAAAGGUGACAGGGUUCCAUAAUUCAACCCCAGAAGUAAAAUUUGUUCGGCGUAGCAAUGUUGUGCUUACAAUUAACACUGACAAAAACACAGAGAAUGAUUUGCAUUUGGCUGUGGAAGCAGCAUCGAAAUUGUUGGCAGAGGAGAAAUUGGAAGUUGUUGACUACACAAGUCAUGUAGAUUUAUCAAAGGAACCAGGACACUAUGUCUUAUUCUUGGAAAUAAGUGGUGAAGCAAGUGAUGAAGUGCUUCUUGAAUGCUGCAACUGUUUAGACAAGUCUUUUGUUGAUGCUGGCUAUACUAGUUCUCGUAGAGUCAAUUGCAUUGGAGCACUUGAACUCCGAAUUGUUAGGAGAGGAACGUUUCAGAAGAUUCUAGAACAUUACCUAGCAUUAGGAGCUGCUGUGAGUCAAUUCAAGACACCAAGAUGUGUAGGUCCUACAAACAUCAAAGUGUUGCAAAUAUUGAGUGACAAUGCUGUGAAGAACUAUUUUAGUACUGCUUUCAAUUGAAUAAAAUUUGAGAAAUAGCAAUCUAUAAAGUUCCCUUUCAAUUGAAUAAAAUCAUUUUACUUCCUUUCUACUUUUCUUCCCUCACUUAAUUCUUUAUUCAGUCCAAGUACAUGUACAUCUCUGCCACCUUCAUCACCUCUGUUGCACCUUCUACAAUAUUAUAACCAAUGGUUGACCUUAAUGGAUAGAAAUCCACAUGGUUGGCUUUGAUAUCACAAUUGUUUCAAUAAUGUUGGAACUGAAGGCCAUUAUUGUCGGGAAUAAAGAUGAAAGAUCAU